CCGACGCCAACCACAAUGGACGACAACAUCCGUGUGUGCGUCAGAGUCCGUCCGCCGGUGGAUCGCGAGCUCAAGGGCGGGUAUCGCAAGUGCGUGAGCGUUGACCCGUCGAGUAACUCGCUGGUGCUCGAGCGGCCAGACCGCAAGUCAUUCACUUUUGACUACGUGGCCGACGAGGAGACGACGCAGGAUGCAGUGUUCAUGCGGCUGGGCAAGGACAUCUGCGAGUCGUGCCUCGAGGGCUACAACGGAACCAUCUUUGCGUACGGCCAGACUGGCUCCGGAAAGACGUACACCAUGCAGGGUCCGUCAGCAACCGAGGUGGCCACUGCCCCGCCGUCGGCCCGCGGCCUCAUCCCGCGCAUGUUUGAGCACAUCUUUGCCCUCAUCGCCCGCGAGGAGAAGCGGACCGGCGGAGCCCGCGAGUUCCUCUGCAAGGCCUCGUACCUCGAGAUCUACAAUGAGCGCAUCUUUGACCUUCUCGACUCGGCGCCAGCCUCGGCCGGCCUCAACCUUCGCGAGGACAUCAAGAAGGGUCCGUUCGUCGAGUCGCUCAUGGAGCGGGUCAUCGCUUCGCCAGCCGAUGCGCUCGAGGUCCUCGACGAAGGCGCUCUCAACCGAACGGUGGGUGCGACCGAGAUGAACCGCGAGUCGUCGCGCUCGCACUCGGUCUUCACCCUUGUCAUCCAGUCGAAGGAGUCGGUCGACGGUGUGCUCCAGAUCCGCAAGUCACAGCUCAACCUUGUUGACCUCGCCGGUUCGGAGCGCCAGAAGCUGACCAACGCCGCCGACGCCCGUCUCAAGGAAGCUUCCAACAUCAACAAGUCGCUCUCGGCGCUCGGCAACGUCAUCAUGGCGCUCGUCGACAUCCAGAAGGGCAAGACGCGCCACAUCGCGUACCGUGACUCCAAGCUCACCUUCCUCCUCAAGGACUCGCUCGGCGGCAACACCAAGACCGCCAUUAUUGCCAAUGUCUCGCCUGCUGACAGCUCAUUUGGCGAGACGCUCUCGACCCUCAAGUUUGCGCAGCGUGCCAAGAUGAUCACGAACAAGGUUGUCAUCAACGAGGACAUGGACGGCAACGUCGCCGCCCUCCAGGACCAGAUCCGCUCGCUCAAGACCCAGCUUGAGGCGUACAAGUCUGGCUCGGGUGCGGGGCUGCUUGCACUCGGCUCUGUCGACGAGCUCGACCUCAACGCUCCGCAGGAUGCCACCGCCGAGCAGCAGCUCAUGCACCUGCAGCUUGUUGUUGCCCAGCACAUCCAGGACAAGCGCAAGCUCAUGGACGACGCCAAGCGGUUCAAGCAGCGCCUCAAUGCUCUCAAUCUGCUCAUUUCCAAGCAGUCGCUCACCAUCCAGGCUACCAAGCUCAUUGUCAAGCUCCGCGACGACGCAAUCUCACGUGCCGGCGCUGCAGAUGCAUCUCAGUGCUCGGACGAUGAGCGCAUUCAUGCUCUCGCCGCAGAGCUCGACGCUGUCCGCAAGCUCGUCGACCACAACCCCAAGCUCACUCAGAUUGCCAUCGAGAACCUCGACCUCCGCGACCUGCUCACCGAGUACCAGGACAAGUGGGGCGACGACUAUGCCGCCAACCAGACAAACCUGGUCAAGCUCCACCAGUACAUCCAGGGCCUCGACUUUCAGAUGGAGCGCCUCAUCCUUGAGAAGGAGGCGCUGACCAAGAAGAUUUCCGACCUCGAGGACACCGUCCGCGCCGCUCCCGGUGCCUCGCCGUCGCGCCGUGCCGCUCCUGGCUCGCCGUUUGUCGAUCCGACUGCCGUCGCCUCGCCCAAGCCCUCCGCCAACCUCGCCCUCGAGCAGUGGAAGCUCUCUAUGGCCUUUGAGGACCAGAUCUCCGAGCUCAAGGCCCAGCUCGCAAACGCCACCAAUGCCGCCGAGGAGGGCAAGGCCUCGGCUGCCGAGCGCAUCUCCGAGCUUGAGGCUGCGCUUGCCGCCGAAAAGGCGACCGUGGCUGAGAUGGAGACCUCGCUUGCGUCGGCUGCUACCGCCCACAAGCUUCAGCUCCAGUCUCUUCAGGCCCAGCUGGCCGAGUCGCCCGACGCCGACUCGCUCAACGAUCUUCUCUCCGCCAACGCCGAGCUCGAGGCUAAGGUUGCUGCUCUUGAGGCCACGAACCGCGAGCUGACCAAGGCCCAUGCCAUUGCUUCGUCCAAAAACCAGCGGCUCUCGCUCUCGCUCAACCGCAAGCUCUCGGUCGACGGCGAGGAGGCGGCCGUUCUUAAGAACAAGGUUGCCGAGCUCGAGUCCAAGCUCUCGGCCGCCUCGCAGCGCGAGCUUGAGGCUACGACCUCGGCCGAGCUCUACGCCGAACGCAUUCAGAGCCUGCAGGCCGAACUUGAGGCUGCUGCCGCCUCGGCCACCGCCCUCAAGGACGCCGAAGCUACCGCCCAGGCUGCCGCGCUCUCGGCCGAGUCGGCCCGUGCUACCGCUGAGCGGCAGCUCGAGUCUGUCAACUCGGCCCUCGCCGAGGCCAGCGACAAGCUGGAGACUGCCGAGGAGGAGCUCGAGUUUGUGCAGGACAUGCAGCAUGCUGCCCAGGCUGCGGUCACCAAGGGCGAGGCCCGCAUUGCAGAGCUCACCGCCGAAGCCGCCACCGCUACCAAGGCUCUUGCCGCCGCCAAUGCCUCCAUUGACGAGCUCCGCUCGCAGCUCGCUGCCAAGGACUCGGACGCCGGUGCCGCCAUCAAGGCCCAGCUCGACGAGGUUGUUGCCCAGCGCGAUGCCGAGGCCAAGGCUGCCGCCGCUCUUCGCGUUCAGGUGGAGAACUACUGCGUUGAGCUGGAGCACAAGGAGGCUGCGUACGAGUCUCUCUUCACCGAGCACGAGGCCUCGCUGAACCAGGUUGAGCUCCUCCGAACCAACGUGAGCGAGCUCCGCGCAAGCGCUGCAGCGUCGACCUCGCAGAUUUCCGAGCUCAAGGCCCAUGCUGAGGAGACUCGUCUUACUCUUGACAUGUUCCAGGAUGCCAACGCCAAGCUCGAGGCUACCGUCGACGAGCUUACUGCUGCCUCGACCGCCGCCGCCGCCGCCGCCGCCGCCACCGAGGCCCAGCACGAGGCCACCGUCGACGAGCUCAUGGAAGAGAUCAAGAGCCUCUCGGCGUCUCUCAAGGCCGAGAAGUCUGCCGCCGCCGAAGCCGCGUCGUCGGCCAUGGCACUCCAGGCCGCGCUCCAAGAAACUGCCGAGCAGUACCGCGAUCAGGCCGAGUCAGCCGCCGACGCCGUUGCCACGCUCGAGGCUUCGCUCGAGGCUGCUCUUGCUCGCGAGACUGCCGUCCUCGAGACUGUUGCCGAGCUCGAGGACAAGCUCACAACCGCCGAGUCUACUGCUUCCGACGCCGCCGCUGCCACCCAGGCUGCGCUCAAGCGUGCGCUCGAAGCUGAGGAGCGGCUGGCCAACACGGUCGCCUCCCUCGAGACUGGCGAAGAGGCUGCGGCCAUGGCCUCCGAGGAGCUGGCUGCUGCGCGCUCGUCGCACGCAGCCGCCAUCGACCUGCUCAACGCCCAGCUCACCUCACAGUCGUCGCUCAACGAGGCGCUCACCGCCGAGCUGCACGAGGCCCGCGGCGAGCUCGCCACCACCUCCGCUGAGCUCGAGUCUGUCAAGGCUACUACCGCCAACCUGGCCAACAUCCGCGACGAGUACUGCGAGCUGCAGCAGCAGUUUGAGUCGACACGGGUAGCCAAGAACGAGACCAUUGCCUCGCUGGAGGCCAAGCUUGCAGAGCUUGCAGAGCUUCCCGAGCUCGUGGAGGAUCUUCGCGACGACGUGGCCGACGCUGAAGCUGCGCGCAACGCACUUGAAGAUGCGCUUGCCAUUGCGCAGGACGAGUCGGACGCCGCGCUGACGCUGGCAGAAGAGCGGGUGGCCAAGCUCACGCAACAGCUCACGACGGCGCGCGAGGACGUUGCCCGCGCUGAAGUCCAGGCCGCGCGCGACGCUUCGCUAAUCAAGGAUCUCAAGAAAAACCUCAAGAAGGCCAUUGCCGACGGCGAGCGCCUCUUUGCUGAUCUCCGUCGCCUCAAGGAUCUCGAGGAGGACUCGUUCCGCGAGGCCAUCGAGUACAAGGCCCAGAUCGAGCACCUGUCCGAGGAGAAGAUCCGCAUGUCCAAGGAGAUUUCCGAAGCUGCGGGCCAAAUCGCCACCCUCAACGACGAGGUGACCAAGCUCACUGGCCACCACAACCACAAGCAGAAGAUCCAGCACCACGUCAAGAUCAAGGAAGAGAACAACGCGCUCAAGCAGCAGCUCGCGUCGCUCACCGACGAGCUUGACGACCUCAAGCGGGUCACCGCCUCGUACCGUGUCCAGCUUAACUCGUACCGCGCCGAGGAGGGCAAGGAACCGCUCAAUGAGACCUCGUUCAACCUCACCUUUGACCCCGAGCAGCAGCAGAUUCACGAUGCGCUUGUCGCCAAGAACGCAGAGCUCACCACCCAGCUCAACUCGAUGCUCACCAUGUCGGAGCAAAUGCAGGAGCUGGAGCGCCAGAUCGAGAACAAGAACUUUGAGAUCAGGAUGCUGCAGCAGGCGACCGACUUCCAGGUUCUCAAGGACCAGUCGCUCGCGCUGCUCGAGGACGACGACGCCGCCGAAGACGACGAUGCCGCCGACAAGCCGAGCGCUGCCGGGGGCGACGCCUCGCUCCUCGCCUCGCCCAUCCUCUCAGCUUCUGGUGUCCAUCCGGUCGCUGACGAGAACGCCUCGCCAGCCUCGCCGGCCUUUGCCUCGUUUGCCGCAAAGUCGGCGGCGCUCAACAACUCGCGCCGGCUCUCGGGCCUCUCGGCCAUCGACGACAUGUCGUUCAUCUCCAACGCGUCGUCGGUCGACAAUACCUCGAUCACGACUGAGGAUGUGCUUUCGUUUGAGGAGUAGGCGUUUGAGAGUAAAGACUCCGUGUAACCUG